AUGUUUGAAGAAAGAUGGAGAAACGAUCUGCUGGAAAUACUGAAAAGUGUACAAGUUAUGGUUGGGCAGAAUGGAAACCAGAAUGGCCAUCAUUCCAAACUGUCAGAUUUUGAGCGAACCAAGCCUCCCAGUUUCAGCCAUGCUACUGAUCCUUUGGACGCCGACGACUGGCUAAGGACUAUUGAGAGGAAACUGGAGAUUGCUCGCACCGACGAAGGAGACAAGGUUCCCUUUGCAAUGCAUUAUCUCGAAGGAGCUGCCGCUAUAUGGUGGGAUAAUGCCAAAGCAAUAUGGCCUGCCGAUGAGGAAAUUACUUGGACAAAAUUUAAGGAGCAUUUCUACAAGUAUCAUAUUCCCACCGGAGUCAUGAAGAUCAAGCAACGCGAAUUUCUCGCUCUCACUCAAGGCAGUAUGACCGUCGCCGAGUACCUCAAUAAAUUCAACCAUCUGGCCCGCUAUUCUCUCCAUGAUGUGGCCACCAAAGAACGGAAGAUCGAUCAGUUCCUUGGCGGCCUAAAUCAGCAUCUCAGGUGCACUCUCAGCAUGUUUGAUUUCCCAGACUUCCUGACUCUGGUGAACAAGGCCCUCAUCGCGAAAAGCGAACACAAGCUCCUACACGACAACAAGCCAGCUGCUAAUGACCACAAGUGCAAAUUCGAGCCCAAGAAGGAUAUGCAACCAUCGGUCAAGAAGGCCACCUCGAGUGACGAAAGGACCAAGGUCAUCCAGAUGUGCGGGGGCCUCGCGAUCCAAAUGAGAGGGAAGAGCUCCUUCCCGGCCAUGACCCUUCCUGAGUCGGUUCGGGGGUGGCAGUCGACCUGGUUCUACUGCCAAGACCAGCCGAAUCCAGGGCACUCGACCGGACUUCCCCCAUUCUCUUUGACCCGAGUAGAAAAGCCUGUUGCCUUGAAAGUGAUCCCGGAGGAGAGGGCACAGGUGAAGGUGCUGGUUGACAUGGUAGUCGAGCUUGUUUGA